AGUGGAGCUGUUUAGAAUUCGUAAAAUGUUACGUUUACUUUUUUUUGCACGGUAUAAACUGCUUGAACUGCAAUCAAUUAGCAUUAUGCUUGUCAGAUUUUUAUACGAACGAUAAUAUGUGAACCGUAUAGAUAGGUAGCAGUAAAGUGGAAGUUAUAAAUGAAAAUGAUUAUGAAACUAAUUUCAGAUCAGGCAACUUGUUGCAUGCAGUAAUAUCAAUUUAUCAUGGAUUCAAUUUUAUGUUUCAAAAAAUGUGAUGAAGAUGACUUUUAUAAAUUAUUGGGGUGUGAUGAAACUUCCACUACUGAGCAAAUUUUAGCUGAAUACAAGAAUAUCUCUUUGCAAUGUCAUCCUGAUAAAAAUCCAAAUGAUUCCUGUGCAGUUGCAAAAUUUCAGAAUAUUCUGAAGGCGAAAGAAUAUUUGACUGAUCCCGUAAAACGGGAAAUUUACGAUAAAUGGAGAAGAAGUGGCAUUUCAAUGCCUUUUGAACAGUUUCUGAACAUUAGUAAAUCAGCACAUACAUCUAUGCAUUGGGCAUAUAAAAAACAAAAAGACCUGAUGUUAGAGAGCUCUGACAAGGAUUCAGAAAGUGACUUCAACAAAUGUGACCAAAAUAGAUGUCAAGAUACUGGAUGUUGGGAAAGAGAUCCUUGUAAUGAAGCCUUAAGAAAAUUUCGCAAUUAUGAAAUAUAAAGUGAUUUUAAACAUAUUCUUAUUUAACACAGGAUCAAAUAGUAGAGACCAAUAUUUAUAUUUGUGUAUGCUAGGGGUGCACAACUUUUUGAGUGAAGGGCCACUCGCACAGCACGUAGAUUAAAGAAGGGCCGCACGCAGAUUUAGUCAUGUUAGCGGCAAAUAUGACCUCAUAUUAUAUAAACAUUACUGUUCUAAGCACCAAAUAUUUUUAUCAGUAAACUUAACAUAUUUGCAGAAAAUUAAAUACUUUUAAUAAUUUGAAUUUAUUUAAAACUAAAACUGAUACAUCUUUUAAAAAACUUUUUUCAAUUUUCACAAUAAUUAAUUUAUCAAAUAUAUUAUGCAUAAAUAUUGGGAGGGGUGAUAUAAAUUCUAACCAAAAAGAAGCUUACAGAAUGAAAGGGCAAAGAAAUACACAUUAUAUAGAGUAAUAUAAAUUUGAUUUAAAUAUUUUAAUAAAAGGAGAUUUAUAAUGUUUUAACAAAAAAAUCCAAAUGAAAAGACAUUUUUUAUUACGUUCAGAAGCUCCUGCGGACCGCAAAUCAACAGUCCGCAGGCCAUAGGUUGUGCACCCCUGGUGUAUAGCAUGAUUUUUAAACACAAUUGAGUGAAUUAAUUGCCUUUCUCAAAAAACAAAAUUGAACUUUUGUUUAAAAUAUGCUGUUGUGUAUAAUUUAAUUCUAAAUUAAGUAUAUUAUUAGAUUUUGGUGACUUUAUUCAGAUGAAACAAAAUUAAUUUUAUUUUAUUCUGUAUGUGUUAUCUAUUUAUGUUAUUUAGUGUAUUGCAUCUUAAAUUUAUUUAUUGCAUUUUAGUUUUGUUAAGUUUUAUGGCGGAAAGAUAAAUCUAUUCAACAGUGUGCUAAAAGUGAACACUGCCCCUCAAAUGAAAGAACAGCUUAAGUGUUUUACGUUAGGUUUUGAGAAAAGUAGCUUGACAUCCUUUUUUCCUUAUUGCUUGCGCUACAAAAACUAAAAUAGAAUUUCAAAAAAAAAAAAACUUUUUUUUUCAAAAAGAUGAAAAUAUAUAAGUCUCCAUUUUAAAUUGUUGCUUAUGUUGCCUUUUUUUAUUGCGCAGCAGACAAUGGGACUUUUUACUAGCAUUGGAUUAUUUAUUUUAAAAUAUAUUAUCUGUGCGUAAUAUUUCUUGAUCUGAUUUAAAAUUAAUUUUUUUAAUUACCCUUUUUAUACAGAGAUGACUGGAAUGGAAACCAAUUAGAAGUUUUGAUUAGAAGUUUUCUGUGUUUGUUUAGUGCUCCUAAAAUGUUAUAAGUUUUUAUUUUCAGGAAACUCGCUUUAAAAAAUCUUCUCCCUUUUUUUUUUAUUAAUGAUAACUGUGAUUAAAUAAAAUACGAAAAUGUUACGUAGAAACUUUCCAACACAUUGAAAUUUGGUUUACUUGAGAUUUGAUAAGAUUACCGUCUUUAUGCAACUAAAUCUGGUGCAAAAAUAAAAAGGAAUAACAUAUUAUGUUAAUAAACCUUUAAUUAUGAGUGUACUACUCAUAUCUCCUUUUAUUUAUUAUUAUUUUUUCCCCUCUGUUAAACUGUCUGAUUUGUUAAGAACUUGCCUUCAUUCUACAUGUACUCACUUUAUUUACAUUAGUUGUUUUGCUUCUAUAAUUUUUAUGUUACGCUACUUCAUUAUAGUAUGUUUAGUUUCAUUCUUUAACCUUAGAAUCAUAAACAUUUGUUCCACAAACCUUGCAAAAUAUAUCUUAAUGGCUUUUAAAAUUAAAGAGAGAUAGAAGGAUAAAAUUUUAAGCACUUCUCUGGAGUGUUAGACGAAUGUUUAUCGAUCUUAUUUUAAACAAUUUUAAUGGUUUGUGAUAAUAUUUAAAAAUGUUUUCUUCUAUUAAGUUUAUUAUUAGAUUUUGGUGACUUUAUUCAGAUGAAACAAAAUUAAUUUUAUUUUACAAGAUUAUUAUUUAAUGAUAAAUAGGUCUCAUUGACUAGGAAUAUUAUUUUAUAAAUUUGGUAUUUAAAAUGAUUGCGUUGGUAUACCCAAUAUGUGAUGGCUAUUUUAUAAAGAAUAAGUACAAUGCAAGUAUUUUUGACCUGCUUUUAUUUAUAAAAAUCUCAUUUUAGUAGGAAUAAAAAUGUUUUGUUGUA